AUGGAGCUUCCAGCAGGACUUAUUCAGGAUACUCACGAGCACACAUUAAAGACAUUGUCGAAAUGCUUCGUCAACGACAUAUUUCAGCGCUACCUGGUGUUCGACACUUUUGAUAUUCCUGAUUCACAGGAUCUGGAUAUUCCGCUCAACACGCGAAUGUUCGAAAACUCACUGAAAGGGUUGUUGUCAGAAGAAGGAGGAGUCUUUGCGACUGUACCUGGCAGCGGAGUUACGUCUAUCUGGUAUCUCGAAGAUCUGAAGGAUGGGCCAUACGAAGAUCACGAACACUUGCCGCGGGUGCUCAAUGAAAUGAACGCGCAGGCAGACGUAGCAAGAAAGCGUAUUUUGACACCACCAAAAAAGCUCCUGCAUCUGGCUUUGAUCGCCAACGAUAAGGAAUCUGUGCCCAGCGAUGGCCGAAAAGUGGGUGCAAGCGACGUGAUCAGGCCCAUGCUGGAGAUGGCGACCUCGCGUGGGUGGCCAGUCGUCCUCGAGGCGACAUCCCCGCGUUCGCGGGACAUCUACGCGCGCCUGGGGUUCAAGGAUGUUGGAGAGCUGAAGCUGGGUGUUGGAAGGGUAAACAGUAAGGGCCGCAGACAGGAGGGUGGUGAAGGCGUUUCGCAGUGGGCCAUGGUUUACGGAUCGUGACGCGGCGAAUUGCUCGGAAGAAUGGCUCUGGACGCCAUGUAAAUUUGGGCAUGCGCAUACAUAUGAGCGCAAUUAUACAGGACCAGCGCCAAGUCUUUGCAGUAUAUAUGUGUGAGAUCAAAGAAUAUGCAUACGACUACUUCAAAUACAAAAAUUGACAAGUAG